AAUUAAUUAGGAAUUUUUAUUCUUCACUCAAGCUCAAAAUAAAGGACUAACUAUUCCUCAAAAGCUUCAAAAUAUAUAAAUACCUAGUAUAUCAUAGCUUACUUGCAAGAAGAUACUUUAACUUCAUUUUUAAAAACUCUCAUUUAUUAAAAGGAGUAAUAAAUUAAUAGAAUGGAAUACUUAGAAUAAAUAAAAGAUUCGAAGUACUUUGAACCUAUUAGAAAUACUAAUCAUUUUGAUAAAAAGAUAUAAAAACUCAUAGAGGCUUCAAAAGUAGUUUAAAAGAAACCUCUUGAUAUAGUAUGUGAGUAUGGAUCUAAAUCCAACUUUAUGUAUUUUGUUCUAGAAGGCAAACUUGCUGUGUUUAUUCCCAAAAACGAAUCUGACUUGAACCAAUAGUACUAGAUUUUAGUAGGCAUUGAAAAGUGCAAAAAAUAGAUUAAUAAAGACCCUAGUUUGCUAGAAGCAUAGUAGAAAUUAUAAAAACUACAAGCUGAAUGGCUGAAGAUUUAAAAGCAAUUCGAUUCUGAGCUUUUAAAUAAUUUUAAAAAGUACCAAAUUAGUCUCAAACCUGCUUAAUAAGGGUGGGAUGAUGAAUUUUACUUGGAAAAGAAGAAACAGAUUAAUUAUUAAACAAGCAGUUUGCUUAAAAAAGAUGUAUGCAGCAUGAAAAAAGUCGGAGAGCUGAAAAGCGGAGAUUGUUUUGGAGAAAUAGGAGCAAUUUUAGAUAAACCAAGAACUGCAACUAUUAUUUCAAUAGAGAAAGCUACUUGCCUAUUAGUUUCUUUUGAUAAAUACAAAGAAAUCUUUUCAUAAGAGCAGAUUUAUGAACUCAAUUUCAGAGUCUUGAAUUUGGCUUAAAUCUUUUAAGAAAAAUCUGUAGAAACAGAAGUGGUAGCCCAUCUAGCCACUCAUUUCUAAUAAGUACAGGCGAUUAAUACGGUAUACAGAGAAGGUGAAAAAGUAGACGGAUUAUAUUUAAUACAUAAUGGUCAUGUCGAGAUAUUUAAAACCUAAAAAGAUUACUUCAAUAGUUAAAUUUCAAUAGUAGUAAAGGGAAAGGGAUCUCUUCUUGGAUUGGAGGAUUACUUUGAAUUUGAUAAUAACUCGCUUUUAUUAAAUAAGGAAUAAGCUAAAAUAAAUAAUAAAAAAAAUGGGAGAAGUUUCACUGCUGUCUGUAAAGAUUUAAACAUGAAAAUUUACAAAAUAGAUAAAGAAAUUUUAGAUUAUUUCAUAGAAGGCUACUCCCAUUUUAAGAGCUAUAUUUUGACUAUGGCUCAUUAGAAGUUCUUGGAAUACAAUUCUAAAUACUAAAAAAACUUAGAGCUAAAAAAGAAACUCAGUAAUUUAAGUUUAGUUUAAUAAAUCCCAAAGAGCUCAAAAAAAAUGUCUGUUGAUAUUUCCGACUUAAAUAAUUCUUUGAAUCUUUCAUAACUAAACGGCCAUCAUUAAAAAUCGAUUUCAAUUGAAAAAUUAGAAGACUUACCUAAAGAAGAAAUAGCACCAAAGCUAAAAAAUAUCCAAAAUUAAAUAGAAGAUUAAAUUUUAUAAGGUUACAUUAUCAAUAAAAAUAAAAAUGAUAAAAAUUUAAAUUUUCCUGAAAUGCUUCGUUAUGAAAACAGCAAAAUAAAAGAUUUAAAACAGAAUUAUGAAGUUUACAUAACAAGGAAUAAAAGACCACAAAGAUAAUAAAAUCAAUCUUAUGCAAAAUAUGAUGCCUUUUUGAGAAAUAAAUUUGAUUAGCAAUUUAUUUAGGCAUUUGAAUAACUAAAAACGAAUCAAAACAAAAAAUCUCAGAACAAAUAACAGAGUUAAGAAUUAAUUCUUAAUGAUUUGCCUGAAAACAAGCUAAGUUUAGACUUUAUUGUUUAGCAAAAUUAGCUCAAAUCAUUAAGAUUCAUCGAACAAAGAUCAAAGAAAUCGAAGACAGAAAAAUCUGUAAAUAAUAUAACUUAGAACUCAAGAGAUAGUCUUUAUGAAGAAGAUGAAGAAUAAAUUCAAUAUGAAAAUAAAACUCUAGAAAGAGAGGAUUCUGAUUAGACUUAAACUCUUUAGUUAGCAGACAAAAAAAAUGAAAAGCUCUUCAAAUAUAAAUCAAUGAAUUUAAUUCCAUCAAUUGCUGAUAUUAAAAUAAACAAAAAUUAUAGCCAAAAGCAAAUUUAAUAAAAUUAAAUGAAAUUUUAGGAAAAGUUCUAAGGUGAAUAAAAGGAGUAAACCAGUAAUUUUACUACUGAUAGAACUAAAUCUGAAACAGAUUAACUCACCAAAUUACAAAGUAUUUAAAAGAUAGAAAUGUAGCAUGGGAUACCAAUUUAAUUAAUUAAUUCAGAUACUGAAUAACUUUUAUCAAAUUAAGGUGUCUAAGGGUAAAGUAUAAUUGAUAAUACAGAAAUUAUGCAAAAUAAAAUGUAUGACAAAGACCAAGUGAUAAAAAAUGAUUCUAAAAUGUUUGAAUAAAAUACAAAUAGCUUGCUUAAUCAAAAAGACAAGUUUGCCUAAAGAUUCUCAAAUUUCUAACUUGAAAAGGACAAAUCAGGUAAAAAAGUAAUCUUAAGGAUUAAUAGAAAUAGGAAUUAAAGCGAAAAAUUCACAUCUCCGGAACCAAAAAGUUAAAACUGCUCUCUUCAUUAAUUAUUUAUUUCAGAAAAUCAGCAUUAGGAUAAUGAUUAAAUUUCUAUUUAGAGUCAUUAACCAUCAGAAAAAAGAUUAAAUUCAAAUACAAAUAGCAGCUAAAACAAUUAAUUUAAUCAUAAUCUGUAAGUUUCUAAUCACGUAAGAUCAAAAUAGCAAUCGCUUAUAGAUUUAAAAGAUAACAAUAAUAAAUCUUGCUUAGUUGAAUAGCACUUAGAGGAAAAAAUUUAAAAUGACUCACAAUAACUUUGUGAUAUAAAAAAUUAUAAUUCUAAGAUUUUAAACUCUAUUCAGUCUGAUUAAACUCCUUUGAGUAAAAAUAGUACCUAUUUCGAAAGUUAAAAACACACUAAUUCUCCCUUUUUACCAAAAAUUAACAACUAAAUCUAAGCAAACCACUAAGAUUAGGAAAAACAAAAGAUAAUUUCUUCUUUUAACUCACUAUAUUCUAAUCAUAAAAAAGCUAAUAAUGAUAGCAACAUCAAGAUCAAAAGUAAUGAGACUUUCUCGAUAAAAUCACCUGUGAAUAUAUCUAAAAUUUCUCAUUCGAAAUUUGAUUUGAUUACACCUAACAAAAACAAGGUUAUUUAAUAAUUCAAUAGUCCUAAAAACUUAAAAGUUAGAUUAUCCAUACCUUUUACUUAAAAUGUAUAUGAAGAAAGUGAAUAUAAUAAAAGAUCACAUUCUAAUUAGUUAAAAGAUUCAACACAAAGUGUGGAUUAAGAUUACAAUCACCAUUUUGGUUAAGACAAUAACGAAAAGAUAAACUCAGAGGCCAAUUAAAAUUUUAUAAAUAAGUUUUUUUUUAGCCAAUAACCCAGUAAAAGGGUUUCAAUUUAGCCUGAAAAGUUUAGCAACAACAGCACUCUUCCACUAAAAAAUAAUAGGUAUUCUUCUUUGAUAAACAUAGAAAACGAAAGCUAGAUAAAUUAAAGUUAAUCUAUGGUUUCAUAGAAUUUUUACAACAGCCAUAUUUUUAGUAAUUAAGAUGAUUUAUAGAGUGCUUUAUCUCCAUCUAAAAAAAUUAAACUUAGAAAAAUAGUUGAAAAUAACAGUUUUACUCAUCUUAACUUUCAGCCUAAUAAUUUAAGCUAUUCUAAGCCUACAUAAAACUUGUAAAGAAUCUAAAUGAAAGAAUAAAUUAUGGAUGAUAUUUAAUCUAAACUCGGGCUAUUUCCAUAAAAAAAGAAAAAUGAGACAUUUUAUAAAGAUUCAGCUUUGAGAAAACUUAACUCUCAUGAACUAAAAUCUGACCAUAAUAUAAGUCCUACUUCACCUCUAAAAUAAAAUCAAAGAUAAUCAGAAUAAAAUAUAGAAAGUAUAAAAAAAUUAGCAUUUGCAGAGUAUGUCAAUAACAAAAGUAUUAUUAAAGAAGAAGAGCAUUAAACAUUAUUAAGUACUCCUUAAAACAAAGUAAAUAGUAAUAACUAAAAACAAACAAUGUUAAAAGGAACUAAAAGUCCCUAAUCUCUUCACAAAUACUCAGAAUAUGGAAAUAGUCUGGCUUAAAUUUAUAAACUAUAGCAGAUGGUAAUAGGGACACCCAAAAAAUAGUUAAAACCUUCUCAGCUGGUGCUCUAUUAAAAAUAGAGUAAAACAUCCAAUAAUUAUAUUUCUAAUCUUUUCAACAACAAACUAAAUUAGUAAUAGAUUUAAUGA